AUGUCAACUGCUAACGAAAAGGAGGAUGAAGCAACAAAACCACAGGACCACUGGUACCUGGUGGACACACAUGGCCAGAAGUUUAGGCUUCCUAAGACUAUGCUUUUUCUGGGUCGGGAGGAAUGUGAUGUCAUUGUUGCAUCACAGACAGUGGACAAGAGACAUGCUGUACUAACAUUUGACCUGUAUUUAAAUCAGUUCAAGGUGAAAGAUCUCAGCACUACUCAUGGGACAUUUGUGAAUAAUUCCCGUAUACCUGAAGAAGAAUAUGUCACUCUGAAUCACAUGGACUCUGUACGACUUGGACAAGAUAUCCUUGACCAGUUACACCUGCACAGAGAACAGCUCCCAGAUUCUCACUACAUUCCAUCCUGGGCCAGCCAGAAACUGGCCCCCAUCAGGACACACAUGCAUGCUACAAGUCUGGCACAGUGUCAGGGUUGCAUGGAAUACCAGACCAUUGAGCAUACUUGCUGUCUGAAGCUGGAACACAAGGCAGACAAAAGUGGAAUUCAGAUGGCGUGCAUUGCGUAUCGGGAACAAAACGUUCAGCAGCAUGCUCCCACAAAGGAAGAUCCUGUCAGGAUAUUACCAGAUCACCAUGGUGGUUCUACAAAUAUUGCCAUGCAGACUGAUUCACAUGUCACUCCAGAGAUCUGUGAAAAACCUGGCAAGUUGGCCAGUGAAGCUCACCCAGCCGGUUCUGUACAGAGCAUGUUUAUGGUGACUUUUGAUGAUUCAGUGUGUAACACACACAGUUGUACUAGCAAAACACUCCAAGACAAGUCAACAGGCACUAGCAGAAACUCACAUUCUUCUG